CCCCCCUUAGUCAGCCUCCCGUCCUCCCCAGGCUGCCACACACACAGCAGCUGUUCCCUGCCUCACUAUGACAGCCUAGCCUCACCUCUGUCUCUACAAACACACUCACAUUCCAGGCAACAGCACAGGAGGAGCACCACUCUGUCCGAUAGGGAUCAGUCAUUCCAGAGAAACAGGUCUGAGAACAGUGAGAGGAAAGAAUGGGGCUGUGGACGAUGCUGAUCGUGGCUUCGCAGCUGAUCUUAAACCUGUGCUCAGACGGAGCCCAGGGAUCAGUCUAUGAUCUCCUAAACUCCCCGGACUGUCUGCCAGACCUGCUGCAGGGCGGCCUGGUAGAGCAGGGGGUGAAUGAGGCGUUCAUCCUCACCACCUUUAAACUGCAGCCCAAGACUGGCACCACCGUGUUUGGUCUGUACAACCCCCGGGACAACAGCAAGUACUUUGAGUUCACCGUGCUGGGGAAACUCAACAGAGCUGUGCUGCGUUACCUGAGGAGUGAUCGGAGGAUGAGCUCUGUGACCUUCAACAACAUCCAACUGGCGGACGGUCAGCGCCACCGCCUCCUCUUCCACCUGAAGGGGAUGCAGCAGGGCCCAGGGGCGGUGGAGCUGCACCUGGACUGCAGACUGGUGGAGACGGUCAGGGAUCUCCCCUCCGUGUUUCAGGGCCUGCCUGCAGGCUACGGCGUGGUGGAGCUGAAGAGCAUGCAGGGCAAAGCAGAGGAGGAGCUGGAGGAAUUGAAACUGGUGGUGGGAGACACGUUCGAGAACGUAGCCUCUCUACAAAACUGCCACCAACAAGGAGACUCGGUGCAGACUCUGGGGGUCAACACAAAGCAACUCUCCAAUCAAAUGCUUGAGCUCACCCAGGUGAUAAAUGAGCUGAAAGAUGUCCUUAUUCAGCAGGUCAAAGAGACAUCUUUUCUCAGAAACACCAUCUCUGAGUGCCAGGCUUGUGGACUGGGUGGAAGCGAGGUCAUUGAGCCAAAGUGUGCCCCUGGUGUUUGUUUCCGUGACGACAUGUGUAUUGAGACGGAGGAGGGUGUUGAGUGUGGACCCUGUCCUGAUGGAUACACAGGGGAUGGCUUCAGCUGUGAUGAUGUGGAUGAGUGUCAGUUUAACCCUUGCUUCGCCGGGGUAAAGUGUGUGAACACAGCUCCAGGGUUUCGCUGUGACGCAUGUCCUCUGGGCUACACUGGUCUGGCUGUGGAGGGGGUGGGAGUGGUCUACGCACAGACAAACAAACAGGUCUGUGACGACAUUGAUGAGUGCAAAGGACCCAACAACGGAGGGUGCACUGCUGACUCUCUCUGUCACAACUCUGCGGGUUCAUACGUCUGUGGGGGCUGUAAAACAGGCUACAUAGGGGGCCAGGUGAAGGGCUGUAAGCCAGAGAGGAGCUGUGGUAACAGUCGGACCAACCCCUGUGAUGUCAACGCCCAGUGUAUCCAAGAAAGAGACGGCUCCAUCACCUGUCAGUGUGGGAUUGGCUGGGCUGGUAAUGGCUACCUAUGUGGGAAGGACACAGACAUUGAUGGAUACCCUGAUGAGAAACUCAAGUGCAAGGAUAUGGUCUGUAAAAAGGAUAACUGCAUGCGUGUUCCCAACUCUGGCCAAGAAGAUGCUGACGAGGACGGACAAGGGGACGCUUGUGACGAUGACGCUGAUGGAGACGGUAUUCUGAAUGAACAGGAUAACUGCUGGCUGAAGCCUAACGUGGACCAGAGGAAUAGUGACAAGGACAACCACGGUGAUGCCUGUGACAACUGUCGUACGGUGGAGAACCCCGAUCAGAGGGACACUGACGGUGACAGGAAAGGAGACGCCUGCGAUGAUGACAUGGAUGGAGACGGCUUGAAGAACUUCCUGGAUAACUGCCAGAUGGUGGUGAACCGGGACCAGUUGGACCGGGAUGGAGACGGAGUGGGAGACGCCUGUGACAGCUGCCCCGAUAUUCCUAAUCCUAACCAGUCCGAUAUCGAUGAUGACCUGGUUGGGGAUUCUUGUGACACAAACCAAGACAGUGAUGGUGACGGUCACCAGGACACCAAGGACAACUGUCCCAACGUGAUCAACAGCUCCCAGCUGGACACAGACAAAGACGGCCUGGGGGAUGAGUGUGACGAUGACGAUGACAACGACAGCAUCCCUGACUUCCUGCCACCAGGACCCGACAACUGUAGACUGGUGCCCAACCCCGACCAGCUGGAUGAGAACAAUGACGGUGUUGGGGAUGUGUGUGAGUCAGACUUUGACCAGGACAAGGUGAUUGACAGAAUAGACAACUGUCCAGAGAACGCUGAGGUCACUCUGACAGACUUCAGAGCCUAUCAGACGGUGGUGCUGGACCCCGAGGGUGACGCCCAGAUUGACCCCAACUGGGUUGUCCUCAAUCAGGGAAUGGAGAUUGUGCAGACCAUGAACAGUGACCCUGGACUGGCUGUGGGUUACACUGCGUUCAGUGGGGUGGACUUUGAGGGGACGUUCCAUGUAAACACAGUUACGGACGAUGACUACGCAGGCUUCAUCUUUGGCUACCAGGACUCCUCCUCCUUCUACGUGGUCAUGUGGAAACAGACUGAGCAGACCUACUGGCAGGCCACACCCUUCAGAGCAGUGGCCGAGCCUGGCAUCCAGCUCAAGGCUGUGAAGUCUAAGUCGGGUCCAGGUGAGCACCUGAGGAACUCCCUUUGGCACACAGGUGACACCAACGACCAGGUGCGUCUGUUGUGGAAGGACCCCAGGAACGUGGGCUGGAAGGACAAGGUUUCCUACCGCUGGUACCUGCAGCACCGGCCCCAGGUUGGAUACAUCAGGGCCCGUUUCUAUGAAGGUACAGAACUGGUGGCUGACUCUGGUGUGACCAUUGACACCACCAUGAGAGGAGGGCGACUGGGCGUUUUCUGUUUCUCUCAGGAAAACAUAAUCUGGUCCAACCUAAAGUAUCGCUGCAAUGACACCAUCCCUGAGGACUUCCAGUUCAGCACGCAGCACGGCGUCAACGACAGUCUCUAAUCCUACAGAGUCUGAAAGAAAGACAGUUUCUCCACGUGUUUGGAAUGUUUGUGGUGUGUGUGUGUACACAGUGGCAAUACUGUAUGUACUGUAUGUUUUCUGUUUAUGUCCAUGCCACCUCCCCUUUUUUUCAUCAACUUGUCUUCCUGAGUAUUAAAAUCAGUGUCCUCGGUGCUCUGAAUGAGGACUACUAGAGUAAAAUAAAAUGAUAUUUAUCAUUACAUUUCAUGCAUAUUACAAUUCAAACUCUAGAUUUUCUUUAUUCUUUGAGCUCAUUUUGCGUUAUCAUCCACAUACACAAUCAUCAGCCAUUGAUAUAAGCUUCCUUCUCUGUCAGAGCAGCAUUUAUUCCCAGUGUGAUAUACCAGCCCCACACUCUGCACAAUGUAUUCACACGACAUGGACAUGAAAGGGAACACAAGAGAGGAGUCAGACCAUAGUGACUUGGCCAUGCCUGAGCAUAGUCCAUUUUCUUGUACCCUGGUCCCAGAUCUGUUUGUGCUAUCUUGCAAUUUUGGAAAGACAACACAAACAGAUCUGGGACCAGGCUAACUGUCUUGUAACUCUGACCCUCAACCCUCACCCGAGGCCUAGUUUUAACCAAGAGUUUGGUUAUCAUUGCUUAUCACGGCUCCUUGACGCAACUCUCUGGAGACCAAUGGAAAGCGAUGCUUUACAUAUUUAAAUGAUUCACAAAUCAAAUCUACUCCUUUGUCUGGUUUCACUCUUAGACAUAGGUGUUUAUAUGUUUGAAAUGCAUGUUGAUUAUUUUCUAAAUUGUAAGGUUAUCGACAAGAGAAUUCCACAUAAAAAAAAUUAAGAGACAUUG